CAGCUCAGCCACCUUGUCUUAGUGUGUUGGCCAAGAAUAUCAAAGAAUGAACCCAGAGCCUCCUCCUCUCCUGCCUCCCUCACUCUCUUGCCUUGUGUUUUAUUAUUAUUCUGUCUUGUCAUUCUCUCUUUGGUUUCUUUCUUGCCUAUUUAUUUUUGCAUCCUUCCUCUGUUCCUUUUAUUAUUACCACAGAACCUCCACAGCUCACCUCUCCCUGCACUUACAGCACACCUUGGCCUGCACCUCGUCCCUCCCUGCAGGUGCAUGGGCAUGCACCUCACCUGGGUCAACGCCCGGAGCAGACUGACGAGGGCAUCCACCAGUGCCUCCCUGGGUGUGGGCACCUUCAUCUCCACCCGCGCCAGGCUCAGCAUUGUUGAGUUUGAUGAGCAGCCUCAGGACGUGACGGUCAUGGAGGGGGAGCGCACUGGGUUCCCGUGUGCCCUGGACACCAUGCCGGCGCCCUCCAUCAAGGGGUUCAGGAACAGUCACCCGCUGGAGCCAGACUCACGAAUGACACGCCUUCCAUCUGGUGCCUUAGAAAUAGAGAAUGUAGCCAUGCCGGGGAGUACUGCUGCCAAGCCAACAAGAGCAAGGUGUCCCAGCAAGCCACACUCACAGUCAAGGAAGCCUACGCUCUGCGGGACCCCCAGCGGCCCGUGCUCACUGUUCAGCCAAAGUCCACGAUAGGCAAGGUGGGGGACAAGAUCACCCUGGACUGUGCGGCCAACGGCUACCAGGAGCCAGCCAUGGUGUGGCUCAAGGACGGUGCCACCAUCCACAUGGCGGACCUGGACACACUGUUCUGCGGCACCACCACCAGCAGCCUGCACAUCCAUGGCCUGCAGGAGGAGGACGAGGGGACGUACAGGUGCCGGGCGGAGAACAGGGAGGAUUCGCUCGACACCGUGGCCCACAUACAGGUCCAAGUUGCUCCGAGGUUUCUGAGGCAACCGGCCAACGCUCUCGCCUAUGAGAAGGAGAACGUGGAGCUGGAGUGCAGCGUGUACGGCCAGCCAGAGCCCUCGCUCCACUGGCUCAAGAACGGCGAGCUGCUGGUGGAGACGGACUUUUGUGAUGGUGUGGACAUUUAUCACUUACAGAGGAGCAAGACCCUGGCGGCGGGCACCCCCAGGCCCCCUCGGCUGCUGCAGGCCACCUCCACCAGCAACAGGUUCAUCACGCUGGCCUGGCAUGAGCCGGAGCUCAACACCGACCACACUGUGGGAUACUCAGUCGUCUACAAGCAGGAAGGAUCACUCAGAGAACGCGUCCAGAACGCGAGUGCAGCUCCUCCAGCGAGGGACUGAAUGAAUACAAGACCCAGAUCAGCGACCUAAGUCCCGGGAGUAACUACAUGGUGCGGGUGGCGGCCCACACCUCCGGCGGCCUGGUGGGCGCCUCCACACACGAGGUGCGGGUGUUCACCAAGCCGGACCUGGACCUGCCCUCCGCCCCAGAGUCUGAAAGUUGUCCCCACCUCACCCACCAGUCUGGAGGUCACUUGGUCACCGCCCGGAGUGGUCAAAACGCCCAUCACUGGAUACGCCAUGCUCUAUACGCAGGUGUGGACAGCCUUAUAGAACUGUGCGCCAAAUGUGGAGUCCCUUUUGCCUAACAAAAGUCUCCCCAUAUCCUUGUGUGUCAUUAGUGACCUUCCUUGGAGUACAGGGUGACCAUAGCCAUGUGUUUGUAGUUUGGGUAGGCGGUGGCUGAACCGAUAACAAGACGGCCCCGCGUUCAAGAGGACUCGAGUUCAAUCCCCGGCCGGUGCCACCAAGCUGGGAUUUUUCAGCCGCCGCCGAGUGGCUUAAAACUACCCACAUGCUGUCCAGAAGAUCACCUAUCAACCCGGACUCUAGAUUCAAGCAUUAAAGAUGAGCUCCGGGAGGGCAGCAUGAGCCAAUGCAAUAUGGCGCCACUACAAACACUCGCCUGCGCCAGAACAGGCUGGGCCGACCAUCAGGACCCACCGGGAAGAAGCCUUGGACCGACCAUCAGGAUCCACCGGGAAGAAGCCUACCAGCGCAAUAGGCCAAGACAAAAAAAAAAAAAAAAAAUGCCAGUGUGUAUCUUAACCAUUGUCUCCCUUGUAAUUUUCUCCUCAGGUUGGGGCAGCAGAAGAACACGAGGUAGAGGUCACUGGUACGUCACAUGACCUCCAAGGCCUGGACCAGUUCACAGAGCACAGCGUGUGGCUCACCGCCGUCAACAGUAAUGGCGGGGGAGACGCCAUCCCGGAGGUCACUGCCAGAACCUUCUCAGACGUGCCCUCAAAGGAGCCUCAGAAUGUGAGCGUUGAGGCUGCCAGCUCAAGGAGCCUCAUCAUCUGCUGGGAGCCUCCGCUGGCCGAGCACCAGAAUGGGAUCAUCACCAGCUGCAAGAUCCGCUACAAGGAGCGUGGCAAGUCAGGUUCCUCCAAGACCAGUGCCACAGAUGGAAACAGACGACUCUUUGCCCUCACAGACCUCAAGAAUCCCCUCCCAAGGUAUGCAGGACUUUAUAUUUCUCUUCAUUGUAGCCACAGACACUUUUUGUUCUCACUGUUCAUUUCCCAUUUCCUUCUGGUUCUCCUCCUAUUAGCCUCUCUUUCCUUUCCUUACUGUUCAUUUUGUUUUUCCUCCUGCUGUUACAAUUUCCCUGUUUGCCCUGCCAAAUAUUCUCCCGUCAUUCUCCUGCGUCUUA